ACCACUACGGGUGUAUGAGGCAUGUGGCGACAAAAAAAUCGAUCCAAUUGCUCAAAAUAAAGGUUGUCACUUGAACAUUAAACGACAUCACGCAACGUGAAUUUAUUUACGCUUAACUCAAAUUAAAUCAAAACUAAACUGUAAUUUCGGAAUGGCUGAAGGCACCUACGAAUACGAGUGUAUGAGAGCAGAAUUGUUAGGCAUAGAAAAGCCUAAUGAGGAGGAAUUCGAGAAGGCGCGUGCCGAGCGCUUGAAACGUGAACAAGAGGAAUUAGAAGCCGCCGAGGCUGCGCUUCUAGAGCAGCAGGAAGACCAAAUGCGUAAUGUAGGUGGGCGUUUGGAUGAGCUGAACACAAUAUUAUCAUCGACACAACAGAAAUUAAAUCGUUUCAAGCAAACAGCUUGUGGUAGUCUAUCAAAUAUAUUUGCAAGAGGCUCAGUAGAUUUGCCAGAUGGUACACCAUCCACCUCCGCCACUGCUAGUCGACGUAAUACCACCGCAACGGGAGGCAGCAUUAGUGGUCAACAUAAUGAUGAGAAGCACGACUCCGAUACAAAUAGUACACAGGAUCUUGAUAAUGUGCGUGAUCAGGAAUUUGAAGGUGAAACAAAACCUAUUAUACCAACGGAGAAAAUUAGGGCAGCGAAAAUGGAUAUACAGAAAAAAAUGACUUCACACUUAGACAAAUUAGACUCGUUAAUUAACAAGGCCGAUAAUGCGGAAAUUUCAAUGUCGGAACAAACAAAACAAAUGAGCCGUAUGGCAAAGUAAAGUGUUGAAUGAGCUAAUAAGGACGCAAACUAAUAGUAUAGAAAAGAUUAUGAUACAUAUGACAGAAUAGUUGUCCUUGUUUUAAGCUUAGAGGGAGUUGCGAAGAAACUAAUUUAAGAAUAUUCAAAUAUCUGUAUUAUUAAUUUGUGUAUAUACCCCAAAAAAUAUUCAAAAUAUCGGUGGCAAAAGAAGAUAAAUAGCAUUUAUGGCAGAAAAAAUAAGAAGUAAAUAACCUUUGGUUAAAUAUUGUUUUGUCUGCAUAAGCAAUAACAACAAAGUGAUGAAAAUAAUUGACUAGUUAAUUAAAGGCUUCUAAAGCAAAAGUAAAGUAAUAAUAAUUGUAUAAGAUAUCCAUUAAUAUCAAUAGAAAAAACCUAAAAUCCCCUGUAAUUAAAUAUAGUUAACUCAAAUAGGACACCAAAGUACUUAAAACAAAAGAAACCUAAACACUUUGAAUGAUUGAAUUAUAAUGAUAGCUAAAGAUUGAAAAAGAAUUGAAAUUUAAAAAAAUUUAAAAGCUUGACGGCAUAUACAACAAACAAUUAACGACAGCAUUUUCAUUUAAUUUUCUUUGUUUACAAUUUUCUCUUAAAAUUUUGCAAACAUAUUCGCGCACAGAAGAUUUCGUUUAUUUGCGUUUUUCUGUAAUCGCUUGAAGGAAUCGAGUAUAUUCCCAACUAUUGUUAUAAAAGAGCACACCACAAAAACAAAAAUCAUGCAAACUGGAGGCGGUGGUGAUCCUCCGAAUACGCCGAAACAGCAUGAUUGUCAACGUGAGCAUUUUAGUUUAUAAACAAACAUUAUUUUUUUGUUUUACUGUAAAAUUUCCGAGCCUUACAUUUUUUUUAUUAGAAAUCUAUUAGUUUUCGUUUUAGCUCUGGCACGAACAAAAUAUCAUUGCCUUAGAAUAUAUCGGGGAAAUUAUGAAUAAUUAAUGUUAGAGAGUAAAACUUAUCAAGUCUCUUAAAUUGUUGCAAAUAAAAUUAUACCCUCCUGAUUGUGUUAAGAUUUUAAAGACAAAUCAUACUAGUUAAAUGUUAAUUACAAUCUUAGCCAAGUAAGCGUAUUGCAAGUUCUUGAACAUAAAUAAACAAGUAUAUACAUAUAUUGACACAUAAGAUA